AUGUCCAAGACACAACAAAAGUCAAAAGUUGCGGAGGUCUCCCUGGAAUCUAACACAGACUCAAAAAUAUCAGAAGAAUCUAAAUGUCAAAUCCAAGAAAUUUUGCAAUACACCUGUGAAAUGGAACCGAGGAAUCAUGGACACACGCCGCAAAUUCAUUGCUAUCCCAUCCCGCGAAUAUUCAGAGUUUGUCCGAAUAGGCCUGCGGUAGAAAUAACACGUUCAGUCUUUAUCGAUCCAUCAACAGGCGAAGUCGUGCUUCCAUCCAAUUCCACGUAUGAAUUAUUAAAAUUUCGUCCGGUUAAUGCUUUCUAA